AUGAACGUCGCCUACAACACGGCCCUGCGCCAAAGGAAGGCCAUCCGCGCCGAGCUCACGAACCUCUCCUCCAAACAGGCGCCCUCUCCUGCCGAAAUUGGAAACGUCUCCGCCUCCCUCGCCACCUUCACCAAGUCCAUCGACGAGUACAACGCGCUGGCCCGCCAGGAAAUUGUCCCCAAGAAGCAAGAAGAAGCCAUCGAGCGCGUCCGCAAGUUCCGCGAAGACCUCUCGUCCUUCCGCUCCGACAUCGAUGUCCUCAAAAAGACCCGUGACGACGCCCUGCAUCAGGCCAACCGAUCCGAGCUCCUGGGCAACCGCCGGCCCUACCAGGCCUCCUCCACCCCCGAGAACCCAUACGCACACCAGCCACAAACCCCACGCUCGCCGGGCCAGCAGCAGUAUCUGUCCACAGGCGCUGGUGAUGUGACCCGCGAAUCCCACGCUCUCCGUGAGCAGAACUUCUUUGCCACCACCAAUUCAGCCCUCGACGACUACAUUGCUCGUGGACAGGCCGUCCUCAGCGACCUUGGCCACCAGCGUGAGGUGCUCAAGGGAACACAGAAGCGGCUCUACAGCGUAGCCAACACUCUCGGUGUGAGCGGCGACACCAUCCGUAUGGUCGAGAGGAGAGCGAGGGAGGACAAAUGGAUCUUCCUUGGUGGUGUCAUUAUCUUUUUCCUCUUCUGCUGGCUCGUCCUCCACUUCCUACGGUGA